ACCGUCGUGGAACGAAGACGAGCUUUAAAAAUGACUCAGCGUCCGCUUAAGUUGGCCCCCAUUUUGGAGGCCCUAGUUCUGAUAGUGGUCCUAAUCGACCAAGUGCAGUGCGGUGAGAUUGAUAUGAGACAAGUGCGCAUAAGGCAGUUUCUGAGUGAGCCCCAGCCCCUGGCCCAGCACCAUUUCAACCACAAUCGGCCGCCGGGUCCCGGACUAGUGCCCCGGAUUAGAUCGCGAUCGGAUAACCUGGCCAUGCUUUCUGGUGGCCCCAACAAGUUCCUGCGAUCCCCGCAACCUGCCACCGCGCAGCACAUCAUGCGUCGCGAGCAGUUCGGGAACUUUCCUCCGAACGACCAGCUCAGGAGGUACCAGUUCGACCAGAAUCAUGAGGGCAGAUUCGCCCACGUGAAGGACGCUCCGGUGCUGGAUGUGGGCAAAAACCAGUUCCCGCCCCAGUAUGUCUCCGAGCAGUACAUCCAGAACUUCAAGUCCUCGCCGCGCUUCAAUGGCAAUGUGAUCAUGAAGGACCACAAGCCAGUGUACGCACCCAUCCAACAGCACGCGAUUCCCGUCCAGGCCUCCCAGUACCUACACUAUCCUAAGCUCUUCGGACAGCAGGGAUCUCCCAGUUUCAGCGUGGUGCCUUCCCAGCAAACUCUUCUCCAAAACAGCCAGUUCCCCCAGGAUCCAAAUAGCUAUUCCGUCUACGAGGAUACCGAUAUUCCUGCGAAGCAGGAUAUCAACCAGGCGGUAAACUUUCGCCAGGCUGUGCCCUCAGCAAAGGAGUCCAGGGAGGCGCAGGACUACUUGCAAUUCAUGAGCACCAACGAGUAUUUCCUUCCCAAGAGGGAUCCUGACUUCAAGAAACUGGACGCCGAGCGGGACCAGCAGAAGCUGCUCCACCAAUAUCCACAGCAAUACAGUCAGCAGCAGCAACAGCAGCAGCUGUAUCAGCAGCAACAGCAGCAGCAUCAACAACCGCAGCAACCGCAGCACCAGCAGCCGCAGCAACAUCAGCCGCAGCAUCAUCAAGAGCUGCAGCAACAUGUUCCCUAUAAAACUGCUGGCCUAGACAACUCAGUCUCCUCCAGUUACAAUGAGCCCAUACAAGUGUCCGACUUGUUCUACCAACAAGAUCCCGCUCCUGCGAAUUCCGCAGUUGUUCGCGGCAGUUACCAGGCAGGUCAGGAUGUCUUCGUUGUAAAGUCCGACGGCAACAAAGCCGUCAAGCAUGUGGUCUCCACUCCCAUGGCGGUCCAGACCACCACUCAAUCGCCGUCGAAGAGCCAGCACUUCGCCAAGAGCCACAAGAGCUUUACCCCGGAGCCCCUGCGAUUCGAGUUCACCGAGCAGGAUGCCAUCAGGGGGUCCAUGAAGUACACCCAAGCCCCGCAAGCCAAUCAGUACUACUACGAAACCGUUGCCCAAGCUCCCCGCGAGCCCGCGAAAUCUCCUGCCCCGAAGAUCGAACUCAGCAAGCCCAUCAAGGAAUACACUGAUGACCCAGAGGAUAGUGCUGACACUGAAAGUGGAAAGCAGCAAGAGGUUCCAAAGGUGCCCACUGUGACGAGUUCAGCUAGUCCUGACGAUCCAAAGGACACGGAGAGCUACUGCGAGAAGAUAUGCGCUAAUGUGUACGAUGAAAACGAUGAAAUAAUCUGUGGAUCCGACGGAUACAUGUACACGGGCGAAACCCAACUGCAGUGCUAUUCGUCAUGCCUCAAUAUAAGUGUGACGAUUAAGAGUAAAGGAUCUUGCUCCUAAAUUAAAAUAAAAUAAAAAACUAUUUGUUUUAAUUUAAUUUAUUCUAGCGCUUACAAUAUAUAAAAAUUUAGUAUAGAACACACAUAAAUUUAUGACACUGGAAAUGGUAAAAUGUAGGGUUUUGUAAAAAGUGAAUUUGAUUUGUUGUUCACGUAUAAAAAUAUCGUGCACUUAUAGCUUUCCUAUUUAUUAAAGUGAUAACUUAUAAACUAUUAGUGCAUGUAUAUUUAAGUU